AUGCUGCCCUGUUUCCUGUUCCUCUCCAAGCCCGUCAGCCCCUCGCUGGUGUCCCUGUGCCGCGCACGCCCGGGCUUUGUGCUCACGCCGUGCUGGAUCCCUGGGCGUCUCUGGGGUCCCCAGCCUGCCGCCCCCCGCCGCCUGCUGGCCACAGCCACCUCUUCCGGGGACCCAGUUGGGCCCAACUCCCAGGUGCGACAGAACUUCCACCGCGACUCUGAGGCCGCCAUCAACCGCCAGAUCAACCUCGAGCUUUGUGCAUCCUACGCGUACCUGUCAAUGGCUUAUUACUUCUCCCGAGAUGACGUAGCCUUGAACAACUUUGCCAGGUAUUUCCUUCGCCUGUCCAGGGAGGAGACGGAGCACGCAGAGAAACUCAUGUGGCUGCAGAACCAGCGGGGAGGCCGAAUCUGCUUGCAGGACAUCAAGAAGCCCAACCAGGACGACUGGGGAAGCGGGCUGAAUGCCAUGGAGUGUGCGCUGCUCUUGGAAAAAGAUGUGAACCAGUCAUUGCUGGAAUUGCACACUCUGGCCUCAGACAAAGGUGACCCCCAUUUGUGUGACUUCCUGGAAACCCACUAUCUGAAUGAGCAGGUGAAGUCUAUCAAAGAACUAGGGGACCAUGUGCACAACUUGAUUAAGAUGGGGGCCCCAAAUUGUGGCCUGGCAGAGUACCUUUUUGACAAACAUACUCUUGGAAAUGAAAAUAAUCAGAACUAAGCUACAGGCUGCCUUCCCCACCACCCAGGGCAUACCAGCACCCAGUCAGC